CUCGUAUCGCACCCGUGUGACUUAGUUCUUGACUUGGACAUUGCAAAUGGCUUUCAGUGCUAAAUUUAGAGUAUGUGCAAGAUCCAAAAUAUAUGUGAAAUAUCACUUAUCAAACUCCAUCCAGCACUUUUGCAUACAACCUCAUUGUCUGCGAUGACUGAUGAGCUGUAUUACGUUAUCAGGACCAACAUCUUUGGCAUCAUCUAUGAAGAAUCACUUCAAAUAUUCAAUAUUUUUAUAUUCUCCAGAUGCAUUAAUUGCGUUACAUUAUUUUGGUUUAUCACAUGCAAUGACAAUAAAAUUAAUAAAUGGAUGUCUUUGAAUGUCUGCUCACCCAUCAAAAACAAUUGAUACAUAAGUCGUGUUCCAUUUAAACUUUUUCUUUCUACAUGUUGCUCGACAUCACUCUUCUCAUCCUUAAGAAGUGAUGUUCGGAGCCUUUCUAGACUCUGAGGCACAUAUCCUGAUAGCUUGCUAUGUUCUAGUGCAGCCACAUACUUCUUCCAGUAUGGAUCUCUAUCUACAUUGAAAGAAAUACAUUUAGAAAAGAAAAACCUAUCAGAAUCAAAACAUGUCUCUAUAGUCUUUUUUUUCUUGUUAAUAAUCUUAGGAGGCAUAUAAGUAUUUGUCACACUAGCAUUUGUUUAUUUGUUGUUUUGGAUUGCAUUAGCAUGGUCUUGCAACUUGUUGAACUCUCUAGCUUUUUCUAUAGAAAUCUUAUUCAUGCUUAAAUUCCAAAAUGUGGCAACUUCAACAGAUGUGCCUUUACUCUUGUAUAAGAUCCAACAAGUGAAUUUUGUCAAUGUGAACACACAAAAUGUACAUUUCCACUACUACUGCCUGCAUCUUUUGUGGCCACUUUGAUUUGUUUCUUUAGUAAUAAAUCCAACAUGUGACAUAUUGCCUUGCCCAAACAGAAAUAAGUAAAUGAUCUGUUUCCUGCAAAUUGGUCCUGCAUCUAGGUUGACCUGGAAACCACAAGUGCAGGGCAUGAGGUGACAAACUUGUCUUCUUAAUCAGCACCCAAACUCCAUGAGCAUGUAUACGGGUAUCCUUGGCAUUUCCAUAGCAAGCAAUUCUUGAGGCCCUCAGCUACACCCUCUAUGGUUCCACCAUGGCUUUUAGUCUGAAAGGAAUGACCAGUUCAGCCGAGAGGUUUCAAUCCUGUCCUUAUCUACAACCUGAAGAGUUCGAAAACACAAAAGAGCCAAGUCCUUCCAUUUACUACUCUUGUACCACGCAGUUAAAACUUCUCCAGUAUUGCACUAAACUAGGGUCAAUGCCUAACAUAGUAAUGCCUGCAUCCUUCUUUGAGGACCGUAGCUGAUGUUUUGUAGGAAUUCUCCCCUACAAAUCCUCAGGGACCUCUACGACAUAUCUAUCUUUUCUCCUAGUGACAUCAGCAACUGAGCUAUCUCCAGCCAAUUUUAUUGUUCCUUCAAAUAUCUCAUUAGAUUAGUUUUAAUCUUAGCAACUGCGGCCCAAAACAUCCUUGGAAUGCGUCAAAACAGGUUAUGUGUCUAGGAAGAAAUAACUGAUCAACAAGCAUUUCAGUGUAGUUGACAUCAAGUCUUCUUGGAUGUUGCUAAAUAAAGCACAGGAUUGAUCCAUCAUUUGGUAACCUCACAUAGUGUUACGAUCCGUGUAUGGAUCGUAAUACAUGGGGUUUGAGCAUCAGUAUUUGUGUUCCUUAGUUGUGUUCUUUAAGUUUUAUGUUAGAUUGGUCCAAUACGGAUCUGUUUUCAGUAGGUGUCGGUCCGAUCCAGACCCGUAGUUGUUUUGUACUUAAGCUUGAGAUUUGCCCUAAUUAAUCAGUUUUGAAGUUGAUUUUCUUUUCUCUCGUUCUCUCCUCUCUUCUUCUUUCUCCUUCACGCCACUUGUUAGGCGCCGACUAACAAAUGGUAUCAGAGUUGCAUAUGGCUGCAUCGUCGCCGCUGACGUCCAAUGAUCAUGACACACCGUCUUUCAAUAACGCCGCCUUCGCCGCGGUAGAAGCGCACCGUGCCUGGAUGGAGGAGACGAUCAUCGAGAUUAAUCGCCGACUGCAAAACAUGGAACGCUCUCAGGUCGAGGCCGAGAAUCGCCUGCAUGCUGCGAUCACGGCGGGCUUUCGGGACUUGCUUCAAAAGCCCGCCCCGCAUCCCUCAAUUCUGGUGUCCGUCGCCCUAGGCAGUCCUCCGUCGGGAGAUCAAUCGACCAGCAGCCGCUCGCCUGCGCACUCGGCCCCUGUAUGUUCCGUCCGCCCAGCGCCGUCGACGUGGUUCAGGAGCUGCCGGCCCCACCGCUCAGCGCCGUGCCUCUUUUUCCAUCACCACCUAGCUGAUCUGGCGUUGCCUUUGGCUCCUUCGGCACGCCCCUACCCUCCCCUAGUUACACCACUCCUCCGUCCUGUCGGUAUGAAUGCAGGGGCAAAUCCAGGGUGGGGCAGCAUAGGACCGGAUUGUCCUGCGAGAUUUUUCCCUAAUUCCACUGGCCCUUACAAAUCUAUCUGCACUUAUGGGGGAACCGAUUCGACGCGCUUCAAACCCGCUAAGAUUGACUUCCCUCGAUUCAAUGGAGAAGAUCGACAUAGUUGGACAUUCAAGGCAGAGCAAUUCUUUGAGUGCCAUGGGAUUUUGGAAACAAUAAAGGUGGCUCACGGUGCCAUGAAUUUCGAAGGGGUGGCCAUUCGUUGGUACCGUUGGCUAGUGGCGCAACACGGACGCGCAGAUUGGAGGUCCUUAAUCGUAGCCAUGGCACAGCGCUUUGGCCCUUCGGCUUAUAUUGACUAUAACAUUGAGCUAUCCAAAAUCCGGCAAAAGGGGACACUGGUCGAGUACCAAGAGAGCUUCGAAGAACUCAGCAACAUGGUUCGUGGCUGGCCCACAGACGCUUUGAUUGGCACCUUUGUUGGGGUACUCAAGGAGGAGAUCCGUAUUGAGAUGCAGAGCAUGCGACCCCUCAACUUGCAUGAUUGUUUUGCGAUAGCUCGGAUGGUGGAAGAGAAGCAUCGUCGAUAUCAGGUCCUCGGGCGGGGGCCGAACAUGGUUCAUCCUCAAGGGGUAGCCGCCACGAGCUCGGAAGUGCCACCAGCCAGGGCUAACAUGGGCAAACCAGCGAGCCACCCUAUUGUUCGCCAUCUUACUCCAUAACAGAUAUGUGAAAAACGACGUCAAAAUAUUUGCUUUCAUUGUGAUCAACCAUGGACGUCGGUCCAUGCCUGUAGGCGACUCCACAUGUACCUAGUGGAGGAAGAAGGGGACGAUACCCCUGAGGAAACAAGCGGCGAGCUAGGGCAAGGUGAUGAAGAGCUCGCCCAUUCGCCCGAAAUAUUCCUCCAUGCUCUAUCAGGACACGAUGUACCGCAGUUGAUGACUUGAUGCACGUUGAGGGUCGGCUUCGAGGUCGAAAGGUCAGUGUACUAGUGGAUACGGGUUCCACACAUAACUUUAUUCGUGAGAAAUCCGUUAGAGCCCUGGGAUGUACAAUAGACCACCAACCGGCGUUUGAUGUAGUCGUGGGAGACGGAAGCACCCUAAAAUGUCAAGGGCGGUAAACCAACGAGAAGCUAGAGAUCCAGGGUCAUGGGUUUUCAGUGCAGUUGUAUACACUAGCCAUGGCCGGGGCAGACCUUGUCUUGGGGAUUCAUUGGUUGAAAGGGCCGAGCGAGGUAUUGUGGGACUUCGUUAACAUGAAAAUGCACUUUACACAACCGGAUGGCAGGCGCCUAACCCUGUCUUUUACUCCAAGACAACCAGUCCAGGAGACCGCUGUAUCCAAGAUGUUGCAAGGGGCAGCCGCUUCGUAUGUGCUAUUCAUGACCAGCACCGUGACAGAAGAGAGGCCGGCCACCACCCUCACGAGCGCACGACUACCUGCCCUACUAGACAAAUUUUCAGACGUGUUUGAUGUUCCUCAUGGAUUACCUCCUCCACGGGCCUAUGACCACCACAUAGAACUUCAAUCGGGAGCCGAAGCCGUGAAGAGGAGACCAUACAGGUAUAACCUGACCCAACGUGAUGCCCUAACUCGACUGCUGCAGGAAAUGCUAGAGCAGGGAAUUAUUCAGCCAAGUCACAGCCCGUUUGAAUCUCCGCCCUCAUUGUUCGCAAGAAGGAUGGCAACUGGCGGUUUUGUGUGGAUUACCGUGCCUUGAAUACUAUCACUGUGAAGGAUCGCUACCCCAUCCCUAUCGUGGAAGAUCUCCUAGAUGCACUCAAGGGUGCAUCCCUAUUUUCCAAGUUGGAUAUUCACGCAGGAUAUCAUCAGAUACGGAUUGCGCUGCAGGACGUUCCUAAGACAGCCUUUUUAACACCGAAUGGGCAUUACGAGUUCCGUGUUAUGCCGUUCGGUCUCACUAACGCCCCGACGACAUUCCAGUCGCUCAUGAACGAUAUUUUUCGGCUGCACCCACAGGUUCGUAUUGGUCUUCUUUGAUGACAUCCUUGUCUUGAGUGCAGAUGAAGGGACACAUUUAGAUCAUCUGCAGGUGGUGUUAUCUACACUAAGGCAUCACUUCCUUCAUGCCGAGCUAUCCAAGUGCUCAUUCGUAACAAGCCAAGUCAGAUAUGUUGGCCAUGUGAUCGGCAAGGGCAGUGUGAAAAUGGAAGGGGAUAAAGUGUUGGCCGUGCGUAAUUAGGCCACUCUGCAGUCGGAGUUACGUGGUUUUCUGGGUUUGGCAGGAUACUACAGCAAGUUCGUGCGAAAUUUUGGGAGUAUGGCCGCACCAUUGACACAUCUGACAAAAAGGGACCAGUUUCGAUGGACCGACCAGGUUGAGGAAGUGUUUGCCAAACUCAAAAAUGUCAUCACGUUCCAGUCUUACGCAUGCCCGUUUUCACCAUGUAGUUCGAGGUAGAAAUGGACGCCUUAGACGUAGGGGUAGGAGCUGUUUUGAGCCAAGGCAAGCACCUUGUGGCGUUCUUCAGUUACGCAAUGGGGCCUACCUUUUGCAGUAAAUCUGCCUACGAGCGCGAGCUCAUCGCUAUGGUGCUGGCUGUUAUUAGAUGGCAUCAUUACUUACUGGGAGAAGUUUGUGGUGAUCAUAGACCACCAUAGCCAGCGAUAUUGUCUCCAACAGAAAACCUUGGUACCCGCCGUGCAGCGUUGGGUGAUGAAGUUGCUCAGUUUCGAUUUCGAGAUUCGACAUCGUAGUGGGAAAGAAAAUCCAGCAACAGAUGGACUAUCUCGACAAGUGCAGGAAGGGCAAGGCUUUUGGACAUUCUUAGUCAUUCAUUGUGACAUAUGGGUGGAUAUUCAGCAAGUUCACCGAUCGGCCGCAUCUGUGCAGCGCAUACGAACUGAGCUAACACAAGAUUCUACGAGACGAUAUGGUUAUGAAUGGCAGCCCCCCUUACCUCUACUUCCGCAAUAGAAUAUUUAUUCCAGCCGAAACAGACUUGUCAGACAUUUUGAUCUCACAUUUUCAUGAUUCGAAAGGUGCAGGUCAUGAAGGCGUAGAGGGGACUUACAAACGGUUGAGGGCGGGAGUAUGUGUGGCAGUGUGAGGUAUGUCAACGCCACAAGUAUGAGACGACGUGUCCAGCGGGCUUAUUGCAGCCCCUUCCCAUUCCCGAGCAGAUUUGGGAGGACAUAUCCAUGGAUUUUAUCGAAGGCUUACCCAGCUCCCAUGGUAAGUCCGUCCUAUUGGUGGUGGUGGACAAACUUUCUAAGUAUGCCCAUUUCAUAGCUCUCGCACACCCUUUUUCAGCCAAAACAGUAGCGCAGACUUUUCAAAAACAAGUGGGCAAACUACAUGGGAUGUCACGUUCCAUUGUGAGUGACCGUGACUCGAUGUUCCUUAGUGCUUUUUUGGCAAGAGUAUUUCAGACUAUAGGGCACUCAACUUAAGAUGAGUACGGCAUAUCACCCACAAACAGAUGGACAGACAAAGGUUGUAAACUGGAGCCUGGAGACUUAUUUGAGGUGUUUUGUUGGGGAGCGUCCCAAAACAUGGGUUAACUUCUUAUCUUGGGCGGAGUUUGCUUAUAAUACAAGUUGACAUACUUCCACUAACAUCACCCCCUUUGAGGCCGUUUAUGGGCAACCCCCUCCCACGAUUCGCAGGUAUCAGCCGGGUACGACACGGGAGGAGUCACUAGAUGGGUAGCUGCGGUGCCGCGAUGUGAUCCUUAAGGAUCUUAAGGAACACCUUGCAGCAGCAAGAAAUCGUAUGGUAAUCCAAUACAACCGGCGCCAUCGAGACCUUCAGUUCCAGGAAGGAGAAUGGGUAUUCCUAAGGCGGCCACCCCAACGGUUAGUAGGGAUGCGAGAGGCCGGUAAAAGUAAAUUGCUUUCGAGGUAUGUUGGCCCCUAUAAAAUUCUGAAAAAGGUAGGCCCCCUUGCCUACGAACUGCGGUUACCAUUGGGCAGCACCAUACACCCGGUCUUUCAUGUGUCUAAGCUAAAAGUGUGCCUCAAGCCACCGACAAAAGGAGAAGUCUCUGCAGUACCAGCCCUGGUGAUCCCCACUGGCAUGCAUCCCUUACACCGAGUAGGGGUAUGUCGCCUCAAAGUAGACGGAAGGUGAAAGUCGCAGUGGCUUAUUGAAUGGCUCACCGAGGAGGAGUUACCAGCUACAUGGGAAGAUCUAGAGGAUCUACAACAGCGAUUCCCAUCCUUCACACCUUGAGGACAAGGUGUUUUUGGAAGGGGGGAGUAUUUGUUACGAUCCAUGUAUGGAUUGUAAUACGUGGGGGUUGAGCAUCAGUAUUUGUGUUCCUUAGUUGUGUCUUUAAGUUUUAUGUUAGAUUGGUCCAAUACGGAUCUGUUUUCAGUAGGUGUCGGUGUUAGAUUGGUCCAAUACGGAUCUGUUUUCAGUAGGUGUCGGUCCGGUCCAGACCCGUAGUUGUUUUGUACUUAAGCUUGAGAUAUUAAUCAGUCUUGAAGUUGAUUUUCUUUUCUCUUGUUCUCUCCUCUCUUCUUCUUUCUCCUUCACGCCGCUUGUUAGGCACCGGCUAACACAUAGCCGUAAGAAAGCCCUGAACCUGCCUUUUUGCACCAUCUUUAUAAAGAAUAGCUCUAUUAGUGUUUACUCCACUAGCCUCACUAUUGGUAAAGAGACUAGCAAGCCUCCAACCUUAGACAAUAAUUCUCGGAACUCAAGAACAAAAUCAAAAUCACCAUGUUUUAAAUAUGUGAUUGCAGCUUGGUGCUCUAAAAUCCAUUUAGCAUCACAAAGAGGUCGUGCAAGCCAAAUUCUUAAGUAAUUUAUUCCCAAAAGAAGUAACACAGCAACCUAACUGUGCAAAAGAGUGUCCCUGAGGAUCUCUCACUGUUCUCAAAAAAUAUUAACAUUCUCUCGAGCAUAGGCAUCCAGUGUUAUGUAUGACAUCUAAGAUAUAUCUAAGAACCCUGAACAUGUAAGAAACUCAGAUGUUGCACAUUGAUGACAAUGCUUGUCUUAGAUAAAAGGACAGCCACCAAAAGUAGAGAGAACAUUUUGGCCACUCACAGCUGCACUUUCCAACUCAAUCAAAGACUUAUGGCCUUAACUUGUGUUCUUACUGACUAUGUCAAGAUUAUCGGAUAUGUUAACUUUACUUGGACCUGAGGAUCUAGACAACGUGAUUUGCUUGUAAACCCUUCUGGUCAACAAAAAGAGUUUGGUGGGUAUCCCAAAAUUCUAUAUCUGGAAUCAAAAUAUGAGAUAAAGGAUUCCUUGUGUUAUCCCGCAGCACCUUUUUAAUUUCAUGAAUGAGCAUCUUAGAAGGUUUAAUAAGUUUAGCUUACCUAAACUCAGCAUGGAUCGAUCAAAGAAUGGGAUGCCUUUCACUAUCCUCAAACUUUCCAAGCAUAAUUUUUUUGUCAGAGACAUUAGCUACACAAACUCCUAAAAUUAUCAUAUCAUCUUUACCAUCUCCAGUUGUCUUAUCACUUCUAAUUACUGACAUUAAAUUACUGGCAUCCACAUUGGUGGGCAGUAUCACACCCUCACCUCUUGUUACAAUAUUCCCAAGCAUCAUGGUUCCUCAAUACAAUAUAUCAGUCUUAUGGAAAGACCAACCGGUAGCUGAUACAAGAAUGGAAUGAUUCAUUGUCACUCAUUUCGUUGACUCCAUGAAUAUGGGUGAUAAACCAUGAGUGCUCCUCUGGAUUGAAGCAAAAUCUGUCCUUGCACUCUCGAACCUUUGCUGGGGACCCACCAUCUGUCUGCAUGAUGUUCCCACUUGCUGCGUGGUCUUUAUGAAUAGUUGUCUUCAAAAAUCCACUAUGGUUGUUGCCUUGUCCAUUGAAGUCGGGGAAGGUAGUGUACCUCUGCAUGUUGUCCGACUGCAUUGCCAAACCCCUCAUCAUCGUGACACCCUCAAGCUGUUACUAUGGUUGUCUUCCCGAUUGCAACGAGCAUUCUUCGUGCCAAUGUUCUUGCACCUGCUUGACAUGCUGCAGUAUCUGUUGAAGUCGAGGAAGGAAGUGUACCUCUGCAUGUUGUCCGAUUGCAUUGCCAAACCCCUCAUUAUUGUGACACCCUCAAGCUGUUACCACGGAGGUUUUCCCGAUUGCAACGAGCAUUCUUCGUGGCAAUGUUCUUGCACCUGAUUGGCAUGCUGCAGUACGAGUUUCCUUUUUUCUUUGAUUUUCUGAAGUCAAUAGAGGGACUUCUACUCACCAGAAACCACAAACGAUUUUUCAGCAAAGAAUCAUAAAUUGAAUCAAGGUGAACAGCUGCUUUUCCUGCUUGCCCUCGACCCAUUUGAAGAUAGAGAAGUGGGCCCCUUUCUGAGAGAGGAGCUCGCUCUAGUGAGGCUCCUCGAGGGGGCCACUGAUGCAAGAGGCGCUCAUUCCUGCCAUCCUCCAGAAGGGUACUAUAGUAUUUCUUCUUGCCAAUGCCAUGUUUGUAGAUCUAGGGUUCAAACUCAUUUUUUGUGCAAGGGAAGUCUCUCUCUUCUAAUCUUUAGACGCAGAGGCCAAACCAUUGACUACUAGAAGGCAGUUGUCUCUCCUACGAUCUUAUCAUCAACGAACAAGUAAGAGCUCCAUUUUUUAGCCAAAGCUUUAGUGGAACUUGGAUGCCUAGCCUGAUCAGCAGGCAUCAAUGAAGAAACAUCCAAGUUGGAAGUAAUGUGGCCAUGUUUGAGGUCUUGGCAGCAACAUUCUUGACAUUGAAGCCAACAUCGUUUCUAGGUAGGGCCUCCCGAAGAGCUUCAUGGUGCAUCUCAACAACCUAACUUCAAUGGUCAAUCCAGUGGUCCAAAGGUGAUGACCAUGCCAAGCUUUAGGUUGCCUUUCUCAACAUGACUGACAGUAAUGCUCCUUUCAGAGGUGGUGAUGCAAAGCUCCUUUUGAUGCCUGCAGCUGAACUAGGGCUGCACGGUGAUUUUGCUUAGCAUUUCCUUGGAGCAAUCUCUUCAUCUCCUGUUGCUCCACCAGCAUGUCUGCAGGUUCUGUUCAAUGUUUAUCAUGCUCUGAUUAGUCCAGUUGCUAUCAUAAAGAUUGUGGUUUUUAUGUGAAAAUAACAUAGGAAAGAUUUAGAAGAACUGAGACAUGAUAUUUAGGUACACAAUAAAACAAUAGUCCUAUUUCAAGUAAUUGUAGUUUCUUAAGACAUCAAAUACAAUUAUAGUCAAGAAUGCAUAUGUGAACUGGAUGGAUUUUUCACAGGAGAUGACUAAAGAUAAAACUGGAUAAACUAAACUGGUUCCUAAUACUUCCAAUUGCUGGCUGUUGAACGAGAGGCAUCCCCAACUUUAUUAAUGCAAAGUUUUGUAUUGUGGUAAGCGACCUAAACUGGUUUGUAAAAACAUGAAGAAUAAGACUAAUUUUAACGUUUAAACUUAAAAUGCUUCUCAACUACUUAAGAAUUAAGAGCCAUAUGAAAAUGUUAUUCCUC